AAUAAGGUACCUUAAAAAAAGAAAAGAAAAAAAAAAAAAGAAAAAGAAAAUAUUGAAAACAGAAUCGAGUUCAGACACCUCGUGGAGGAGCAGCAUCGAUUAUUGGAAAUCCAGCGAUCGAUAUCUAACCUACGACGAAUCGCUUAAGAUAUUUCUACGAGUCUUUAAAUACAUUUAUAUAAGAGAGCAAAGGGAAGUUGGAUUCACGUUUUAUCAGGAUGAUCGCUCGUUCGCCGCGAAUAUGGAAGACGCAACUCGCGAUGAUUCGCGGUAUCAGCAGGAAACGUGUCUGACGUCGAAUAUAUCCAGCGUGUCGUCGCAUAGAUUUUCAUAAUCCAACCGUGUAAAAAGAGAGAGAGAGAGAGAGAGAGAGAGAGAGAGAGAGAGAGAGACCAAGAAUGUAUAUACGUGUGUGUGAGUGAGUGAGUGAGUGAGUGAGUGAGUGAGUGAGUGAGUGAGAGAGAGAGAGAGAGAGAGAGAGAGAGAGAGAGAUAGGUCAAGUCGCAGCAAGCGCCGAGCGGCAAUGUGCACGCAUGCAUAAUGCCAAGCAUAACCAAGUGGUUUAUUUAUAACGUCGCGGAAAUACACUCGGUGCCUUUAUUGUAAAACGUUGUGUAACGCUCGUUGUGUAACGUAAUCAAUGAUACUCCCCGUUCUGAACGUCUACAAACUUACGUAUCCACGUACAUACGUGUACAUAACCUAUGUAUUUAUGUAUGCAAAUAUGUUCAAUGCGUCCGAUAGUGAAGAUUUCUUCAAAUUGCACAAAUACGAAAAGGAAAAAAAAAAAAAAAAAAGAAGAAUGAAAAAAGAGAGAAAAAUAAAGAGAGAAAAAAAAAGACAAUGAUUAAUGGGAAUCGAUAAUUACGUCAAAAAUAUGCAUCCUCAGAAAGAUACAAAGAUGGAAAUGAAUAAAUAAAUAUUCAUUGUUUCGAACGAUUUGUUAUUUGUUUGACAAAUUGAGAUACGUAGGAAAAAAGAAAAAGCGAUAAUUUUAUUUAUCUCGAAAGGAUACUCCGUUUCUAGAAAAAAAAAAAAAAAAAAAAAAAAAAAAAAGAAAAAAAAAACUAUACAUAUAUUGAAACACUCGAUUGUUUCAAUCGAUCGAUGCUAUUUUGCUUGUAAAACAUGGCUACUGUUUUCAGAAGAAGUUACGCCAUUUUAAUAAGAAUUUUCAAUAAAAUACGUGGAAAUAGAUGCGAACAAGUUGCUUUACGAUCUAUCGGAACUCGUACUAGAUGUGAAAAUGAUAGGAAGAGAAUUCGUAUAUCUCUGGGUGUCCUCACAGGUGCAGCCACCACCUGUGGAUCCGUUUUGUAUUUCCUCGACAGCUCGGUCAAGGCCGCCGCCCUGCAAGCCAUGCCACCGAGUUACCCCUGGAAGCUCGAUGGUGUUUUCAGUUCUCUCGAUCAUAGUGCUGUACGAAGAGGGUGGCAAAUUUAUAAAGCAGUCUGUAGCGCUUGUCACAGUCUUGAAUUCGUUCGCUUUAUGGAUUUGGUCGAUGUGUCGCAUACAAAAGAGGAAGCUGUUGCUAUUGCAGCCGAAUACGAAAUCGACGAUGGACCAGACGAAGAAGGAAAUUAUUAUAAAAGACCUGGAAGAUUAGCCGAUAGAAUACCAUUGCCAUUCCCGAACGAGGAAGCAGCGAGAGCUGCCAAUAACGGUGCUUAUCCGCCGGAUUUGAGCUACAUGAUAAAUGCCAGACACAACGGACGAAAUUAUGUAUUCUCUUUACUUACUGGCUUCAUGGAGCCACCUGCUGGUAUUACCUUAACGGAAACCCAACAAUUCAAUCCUUAUUUUUCGGGAAGUGCUCUCUCAAUGGCAGAGAUGCUUCACGACGGCAUCUUAGAUUACGAUGACGGCACACCAGCGACCAAAUCCCAAAUGUCAAAGGACAUUGUAGAAUUUCUUUCCUGGACGAGUUCGCAAGAUCACGACAAGCGAAAACUUAUGACCAUAAAAACCAUUGGAAUUGGUAUCAUUACUUUGUUGGCGGUAGUGCAUAUGAAGAAAAGUACAUGGACAACCGUAAUAAAUCAACGCAUCUUCAAUAUAUCCAAAGAUAAAUGCGAGUAGGAAAAAGAAAAAAAAAAAAAA